AUGGAUCGGAGCAAACGGAAUUCAAUUGCAGGCUUUCCUCCACGUGUGGAGCGUCUUGAAGAUCUUGAAGGAGGUGGUGGGGGAGAUGGGAACAUGACCCAGGUGGGAAGAGUUUGGCCAUCUUCAUAUCGAGCUCUUAUAAGUGCCUUUUCUAGACUGACGCGUUUAGAUGACUUCACCUGUGAAAAAAUAGGGUCUGGCUUCUUCUCUGAAGUGUUCAAGGUGCGCCAUCGAGCUUCUGGCCAGGUGAUGGCUCUUAAGAUGAACACAUUGAGCAGUAACCGGGCAAACAUGCUGAAAGAAGUUCAGCUUAUGAAUAGACUCUCCCAUCCCAACAUCCUUAGGUUCAUGGGUGUGUGUGUACAUCAAGGACAAUUGCAUGCACUUACAGAGUAUAUCAACUCUGGAAACCUGGAACAAUUACUAGACAGUAACCUGCAUUUGCCCUGGACUGUGAGGGUGAAACUGGCCUAUGACAUAGCAGUGGGCCUCAGCUACCUUCAUUUCAAAGGCAUUUUUCAUCGGGACCUCACAUCUAAGAACUGCCUGAUAAAGAGGGAUGAGAAUGGUUACUCUGCAGUGGUAGCUGACUUUGGCCUGGCUGAGAAGAUUCCUGACGUCAGCAUGGGGAAUGAGAAGCUGGCUGUGGUGGGCUCACCCUUCUGGAUGGCACCUGAGGUUCUCCGAGAUGAGCCCUACAAUGAAAAGGCGGAUGUGUUCUCUUAUGGUAUCAUCCUCUGUGAGAUCAUCGCCCGCAUCCAAGCUGAUCCGGACUACCUUCCUCGCACAGAGAACUUCGGAUUAGACUAUGACGCUUUCCAGCAUAUGGUGGGAGACUGUCCCCCAGAAUUUCUGCAGCUCACCUUCAACUGCUGUAAUAUGGACCCCAAACUACGCCCAUCCUUUGCGGAGAUUGGGAAGACCUUGGAGGAAAUUCUGAGCCAUCUACAGGAAGAAGAGCUGGAGACGGACAGGAAGCUGCAGCCCACAGCCAAGGGACUCUCGGAGAAGGGACCUGGUGUAAAGCGACUGAGCUCACUGGAUGACAAGAUCCCUCCCAAGUCCCCACGCCCAAGACGUACUAUCUGGCUGUCUCGAAGCCAGUCAGACAUCUUUUCCCGUAAGCCCCCACGUACAGUAAACGUCUUGGACCCCUACUACCAGCCACAACGAGGUGGUACUGUCCGCACCCCCAAAAUCAACCCUUUCAGUGCUCGCCAGGACCUCAAGGGUGGCAAGAUCAAGUUCUUUGACCUGCCCAGCAAGUCUGUCAUCUCCCUGGUAUUUGACCUAGAUGCACCAGGGCCUGGAACUCUGCCUCUGGCUGAUUGGCAGGAGCCCCUGGCCCCACCUGCUCGCCGGUGGCGUUCUUUGCCUGGUUCACCAGAGUUCCUGCAUCAAGAGGCCUGUCCAUUUGUGGGCCGAGAAGAUUCACUAUCUGACGGGCCCCCACCACGCCUCAGUAGUCUCAAGUACAGAGUAAGAGAGAUCCCGCCAUUCCGAGCAUCUGCCCUACCACCUGUUCUAGCCCAUGAAGCCAUGGACUGCUCCAGUCCCCAAGAAGAAAACGGUUUUGGGCCCAGGCCCCAGGGAGCUAGUCCAUGCCUUGCAGGUGCCUCUGAGGAGAUGGAGGUAGAAGAAGAAAGGCCAAGAAGCUUGGCUCCAGUCCCGUUUUCUGUCUCAGGCGUAGGCCUGAAAACCCAGGGAGAACAGGAUGGGUGA